AUGACUUCUACUAACUAUUAUUCUGAAAGUCAUGAAGAUUCUUAUGGUAAUGUUGAUGAUGAACUUGAUAAAACAUCGAAAGAUCAUUCACAUUACUUAUUAUCUAAUCCUAUACCAAUUUAUUAUCAUAACACAGAUUCAGAAAGUUUUAAAAAUAAUGUCAAAGAGAAUAAAAUGACGGAUAGUAUCUUUUCACAAG